UCGCAUAAAAACACCAAAACAUAACCUUCUAUCAACGUGUACAAGCUGUUAACGUGCAGUGAGCAUUAUUCGUUUUCGGUUUUUCUACCACGUAUUUUUGUUGAUACAAAGUAAAAAUUUACAAUUCUCCACAAAAUUUAUUGUGAAUUAAAAUGGAGGAAAUGGAUAUAGGGAACGAAGAAAAUAAUGAUAAGAGUUCACCUGAGGAAUCAGUGGACAACGAAAAGAACAAAUCAAUAGAGAUUAAAGAUGAACCCGAAGAAGACAUGGACAAUGAGGUUGAUGAUGAUCAGGAGUCUGAAGAGGACGACGAAGAGGAUGCUGACGAAGCAGAGGUUAAAGCUUUGGAAACUUCUCUCGCUCAGAAUCCGUAUGAUUACACGAGUCAUGUAGCCCUUAUCAACAAAUUGCAAAAAAUGGGCGAACUAGAACGAUUACGUGCUGCUAGAAAAAAUAUGAGCACCAAAUAUCCAUUGAGUUCUGAGCUCUGGCUGUCUUGGAUGCGCGACGAAAUUAAAUUAGCUACCAUACCAGAGCAAAAAGCUGAAGUAGUCAAACUAUGUGAAAGAGCAGUCAAAGAUUAUCUCUGUGUGGAAGUAUGGUUAGAAUAUUUGCAAUUUAGUAUUGGUAAUAUGGGUACUGAAAAAGAUGCAGCAAAGAAUGUUCGGCAGUUAUUUGAACGAGCAUUAACAGAUGUUGGGCUACAUACUAUUAAAGGUGCAAUAAUAUGGGAAGCGUUUCGUGAGUUCGAAGCUGUGUUAUAUGCAUUGAUUGAUCCUUCAAAUCAAACAGAAAGAAAAGAACAAUUGGAACGUAUUGGUAACCUAUUCAAAAGGCAAUUAGCUUGUCCUCUUUUAGAUAUGGAAAAAACGUAUGAAGAAUAUGAAGCAUGGCGUUAUGGAGAUGGUGCAGAAGCUGUUAUUGAUGAUAAGAUUGUUAGUGGAGGAUAUGAAAGAGCGCUAUCAAAGCUUAAUCUGCGUUUACCAUAUGAGGAGAAAAUUGUUUCCGCCCAAACUGAAGAAGAACUUCUAGAUUCGUAUAAAAUGUAUUUAUCAUAUGAGCAACAAAAUGGAGAUCCUGGACGAAUAACUGUUUUGUAUGAAAGAGCAAUUACUGAUCUCAGUUUAGAGAUGUCAAUUUGGCUUGAUUAUCUCAAGUAUUUAGAAGAAAAUAUAAAAAUUGAAUCUGUCUUGGAUCAAGUGUACCAAAGAGCUACAAGAAACGUUCCAUGGUGUGCAAAGAUAUGGCAAAAAUGGAUAAAAUCAUAUGAAAAAUGGGACAAAUCAAUAUUAGAAGUUCAAACAUUGUUAGAAAAUGCUUUAACGACUGGAUUUUCUACUGCAGAAGAGUAUCGAAAUUUGUGGAUGACAUAUUUAGAAUAUUUGCGGCGAAGACUUGAUCGAUGCUCUUCUGAUGAAAAAAAGCAGUUAGAUAUAUUACGUUAUGCUUUUAAUAGAGCUUGUGAACAUUUGGCUAAAUCAUUUGGUUUAGAUGGAGAUCCCAAUUGUAUUAUAUUACAAUAUUGGGCAAGAACUGAAGCCAUACAUGCUAAUAACAUGGAAAAGGCUAGGUCUUUAUGGGCCGACAUUUUAUCACAAGGACAUUCCACAACAGCAUCUUACUGGUUAGAGUAUAUUUCAUUAGAAAGAUGUUACGGAGAUACAAAACAUUUAAGAAAAUUAUUUCAAAAAGCCUUGUCGUCGGUAAAAGAUUGGCCAGAAAGUAUAGCGAAUUCUUGGAUAGAUUUUGAACGAGACGAAGGAACACUAGAACAAAUGGAACUAUGUGAAAUACGAACAAAAGAAAAAUUAGAUAAAGUUGUUGAAGAAAGACAGAAAACACAACAAAUUUCUAAUCUUGAAUUAUCACCAUCACAAAACAAGAAAGCCUAUAAAAGAAAACAAAAAGAUACUGGUAAAUGGAAGAAUUUAGGAGCUUAUCCGAUAAAAAUUAUGAAAGUUGAAACACAGUUAAAACCGAAAAUAAGAGAAAGCCAUCUGAAUUUCGAAAAGAAAGACGACGUCGAUAUUGAAGAAAAAGAAAUUGCUGAAGUAUCCAAAACGAAACUAAUGAAGAAAAUACUGAAGGAACCAAACAUUCCUCCACCACCUGGUUUUAAAGCACCAGAAAGUGAACAAAUGGAAAUAGAUUACGUACAUGAAGUGGACGACAAAAUCUCAGUUUUCAUAAGUAAUUUAGAUUAUAGUGUGACUGAAGAAGAAGUCAGAAAUGCUUUAAAUCCGGCUGGACCAAUUACAAUGCUUAAGAUGAUCAGAAGCUAUAAUGGACGUAGUAAAGGAUAUUGCUAUGUGCAACUCAAUUCCAAGGAAGCAGUUGAUAAAGCUUUGGAGUUAGAUAGAGUUCCUAUAAGAGGACGGCCAAUGUUUGUUUCAAGAUGCGACCCAAACAAAACAACACGAGAAUCUGUUUUUAAAUAUAGUUGUUCCCUGGAAAAAAAUAAGCUUUUCGUCAAAGGACUUCCGGUAACAACGACAAAAGAAGAUCUUGAAGAAAUUUUCAAGGUUCACGGGUCAUUGAAGGAAGUCCGUAUAGUCACUUACCGUAAUGGCCAUUCUAAAGGACUGGCUUACGUUGAAUUUGUGGACGAAAACAGUGCUGGGAAGGCACUUCUGGCCAUUGAUGGAAUGAAGAUCGGUGACAAAAUAAUUAGUGUAGCCAUAAGCCAACCGCCUGAACGCAAAAAGGAUCCCAUUAAGUCUCUAGGUGGUUCUACAGUAAGCAGAACUACAUUUGGUACGCCCAAAACAUUAUUAUCUAUGGUACCUCGUACUGUAAAAACUGCUGCUACUAACGGUAGUGCAAUUGCAACUGGAAAUGGUGCCGUUCCAAAAAUGAGCAAUCAAGAUUUUAGGAAUAUGUUAUUGAAUAAAAAAUAAUUUACUACAACGUCACUCAUUUCCUCAAUCCUUGUCUGUUUCAAGAACUCUCUAUGCUUUAAAGAAUGUGUAUACAUCACAAGAAUAUUAAAAUUACGCAUUAUUUAAGCUACGAUCUAGUGGAAAAAGAUCUCUCGUGAAUUGUUCUUUCUUUAAUGUAUUAUUUAAGACAUUAUUUUGAAAAAGAAGAUGUAAAUGAAAGGAAGACUAGGAACCACAAAUUCUUAGAAAAUAAAUAUGUUUAAUGUAAGAAAGUUUAUAUAUACAGAAUGAAAAUGCGUGUGCAAGUGAGCGCGUAUUACUCUAAACGCAAACGAGAACUUCCUCAUCAUGCAUACAUCACAGUGUCAAAUAUACAUUUACCGUACAGAUACGUACGACAGAAAAAUCGUCCGAAUUAUUACAAGUGAAAAAUCGAAUAAGAAGGAAAGUUGUAUCACAAGUAACAAUAAAUCAGGGUGACCAUUUUUCUCAAUAUUAAACAAGAAUUCUUCUUCUGUGUAUCUUGUAUAUAUAUAUACCGUAUAAAAUUAUAUUAAAAGACAUUGUAAAAUGUUUUCAAAAGACAAUGUAUACAAAAUUAUUUUUUGGUCACCCUACAUUGAAAUACAAAUAUUCUUCUACAACUGCAAUGGUGCAUUGAACGUGUUGUGUUUUUUAUGCCUCGGUGGAGCGACAGGUGGACUUUCAGGUGUCAGCAACCGCCUCGUCAUAAGCCACUUUUUGGCUCGGCCAGAGUGAUAAUAAUACGAGUAAAGCAAUGCCAUAGCCGCCAGCACAACCAGCAGGCACGUACCAGCGAUAAUGAUACUGAAUAACCAAUAUGGCCCACUUGGUUCUGGCACCAAUGUUGUGUCUGUUGGUGAUUUUUCUUCUGGGAUCGAUUUCGUCGGUGGUUCUGCUGGUGGUCGAGGUGAAAGAGGCUCCACGUCAUCUCCGAUGCUAAUAUCAGCACAAGCACGAAAUUCCUCUUGAGGACCACAACCCACGGCUCCUGUGCGGACAUAGUCUUAGUAUACUUUCAUAAUUUAAUAUUUUAUGUAUUUUUUAAUGGAAUUAUGUGCAACUUUUCCUUUAUAAUUCGUGUAUUUGUCAUUUUUAUAUAUUUAUUCUGUACCAAAAUUAUUUUGCAAAUCUUAUCCUCGUAAUUCACGAUGUAUAAUGGUAUAUUGUAUAGGGUUUCAAGGUUUAUUUGAUUUUUCUGAUUUGUUUCCGAUACAUUGAGAUUUAAUCGCAAAUAAUGUUGAAAGUAAAAUUCUUAAAUUACAUCGUAAUUAUUGUGGAUGUAAACUAACGUAUUUAGGAAACCUAAAUACGUUAUUAAUAUAUUAAAAUAUAUAUAUAUUAAUAUUAGAAAUAAAGUUGAAAUAAUGUUUGUAUAUGAGAUUUGAAGAUAAUAAAGUGGUUGCUUAAAGAUGAACUUCAUCGGGAAUAUUAAUUGUUCUGAAGCAACCAUUUAAUGUGAAUAUUAUGUAAUAUUUAGUAAUUUAGUACGUACAUGUAUCUAUUAAUAGUUGAAACUUUCCAUCGGUACUUCGAUAGAAUACUAAUAUUAUUUACUUAUGUAAUAAGAAUUAGCUUGACAAAAUAUUUAGCCUCAAUACGAACUAAGAAAUUGCUUGUAGUUAUUCUUGAAAAGAAAUACAAAAUCUCUCGUUUAUAUAAA